AUGAUCCGGUUCCGGAGCUCCAGCAUCAGGUCGCUGAGCGCGGAGAUGAAAUGCACCGUGCGGCUGCUGGACGACUCCGAGAUCUCCUGCCACAUCCAGAGGGAAACCAAGGGUCAGUUUCUUAUCGAUCACAUCUGCAACUAUUACAGCUUGCUGGAAAAAGACUAUUUUGGCAUUCGAUAUGUUGACCCUGAGAAGCAGAGGCACUGGCUUGAGCCCAACAAGUCCAUCUUCAAGCAAAUGAAAUCUCAUCCACCAUAUACCAUGUGCUUUAGAGUGAAAUUCUAUCCACAUGAACCCUUGAAGAUUAAAGAAGAGCUCACCAGAUACCUCUUAUAUCUACAAAUAAAAAGGGACAUUUUCCAUGGCCGUUUGCUGUGCUCCUUUUCUGAUGCUGCCUACUUGGGUGCCUGUAUAGUCCAAGCUGAGCUUGGUGAUUAUGAUCCUGAUGAACACCCAGAGAAUUACAUCAGCGACUUUAAGAUUUUUCCGAAGCAGUCACAAAAGCUUGAGAAGAAAAUAGCUGAAAUGCAUAAAAAUGAAUUCAGAGGUCAGAGUCCAGCUGUUGCUGAAUUUAACUUGCUUCUUAAAGCAAAUUCUUUGGAAACUUAUGGUGUUGAUCCUCAUCCUUGCAAGGACUCAUUCGGAACAACUACAUUUUUAGGAUUCACAGCUGCAGGAUUUGUAGUUUUCCAGGGUAAUAAAAGAAUUCAUUUAUUAAAAUGGUGUGAUGUCUAUAAGCUGAAAUUUGAAGGGAAGACAUUUUAUGUGUUUGGAGCUCAGAAAGAGAAGAAGGCUGUGCUGGCAUUCCACACCUCUACACCAGCAGCCUGCAAGCAUCUUUGGAAGUGUGGGGUGGAGAACCAGGCUUUUUACAAGUAUGCAAAAUCCAGUCAGAUCAAGACAAUGUCCAGCAGCAAGAUAUUUUUUAAAGGCAGUAGAUUUCGAUAUAGCGGAAAAGUAGCCAAAGAAGUUGUGGAGGCAAGCUCUAAAAUCCAGAGGGAACCUCCUGAAGUUCACAGAACGAGCAUCACCCAGAGUCGCAGCUCUCCAUCCUUGAACAAGCAACUCAUAAUCAACAUGGAACCUCUGCAGCCUCUCCUUCCUUCUCCCUGUGAGGAGGAAGAGGUUCCUUCAGAUGAAGGUAUCCAGCUGCCAAAGGAAGAGGAGAUUUCAGUACCUGUGACUUCAAGCUCUCCAGUAAAGGAUACUGGGAAGGAUGUUGAUCUUGCCAUUGAACAGGAAGAGAAGAUGAAAGAGGAACCCUUAACCAUCUCAGAGCUGGUAUACAAUCCAAGUGCCAGCUUGCUGCCCACACCGGUUGAUGAUGAGAUUGACAUGCUCUUUGAUACCUGCCCAAGAGCAGAGAAUGAGAAAGAUGAUACCGAUUCAUUUGAGGAACUUGAAGCAGAUGAAAAUGCAUUUUUAAUUGCAGAGGAGGAAGAACUGAAAGAAGCUCGGAGAGCCCUGAGGUGGAGCUAUGACUUUCUGAUGGGCAACAUAGAGGUGAACGCUUUUGUGAAGAGUUUCUCCAGACUUUUUCUUGUAGGCCUUGGACUAUUGUUGUUUGUGUUCCCCCUUUUCCUUGUUCUCUUGGAGUCGGACCUUCAAAUCUCUUUCCUUCACGAAAUCCGCCAGACGCCGGAGUUUCAGCAGUUUCAUAUUGAAUAUUACUGCCCCCUUAGGCAGUGGAUGGCUUGCAAAAUAAACUUCAUUCGUGACAUUCUGGGCAGCUUUUAAAUUUUACAUUAAUAUUGUACAACUAAGGGCUAUAUUCAAAAUUUCAGUUAGUGACAGCUUUCCAUAAUGCCCCUGGGCCCAUCUGUUGGCAGCUGCCUUCAUAUCCUCAUUUAGUGUUUUCUUUACAGACUUGUCAUGUUCUUAAGUUCCCUUUACAUACUUAAAUUGCCACUUUAGUUACCAGCUUAUACAGUCACCUCUCAAUAACCAAAAAGAAGCUUUAUUUAAUUACAUUUCAGACUUCUAUCUCAUUUAUUACAUUAUAUAAGAUAGGGUCACAAUAAGUUUCAUUGUCCUUAACCUUUCAAUCAUGACACUAAAGCUGAUGAUAUUGAAAGAAAACCUUUUUGAAUAUACUCCUUAGUGAAACAAUCUCUUCUAACCAAUGCCUAUACAAGCAAUGUUUAUGCUGGGUUUUUGGUUUUUGUUUGUUUUUCUGUUUGUUUGUUUUUUAUAUUUUUAUGUGUUUAAGAUAUUUUGGUAAAUUUUUAGUAAAAGACAACUUAUGGUGUUAUUUAAAUGUACACAUUGGUAAGAAUAAUGUAGAGGGGCAUGCAGGGUGUUUUUAGUGUUUUACCAAUUAUUUGUUUUUAAACUAUGGCUGGAGAAUGAAUUUAAUGUAGCUCUACACAAAGGGACUGUGUUUGGGAAACAGAAAGUUCACUCAAGUUCUGUAGGGGCUGCCUGGGCGAGGUGAAAUGACAGCAAGUAUGCAAAAGAAUUUCUGAAAGGCACAGUUCUAAAGCUUGGGGAAGUGGGCAGAACUGAAAUGAUCCUUCUUCUUAUCUGUCAGGUUGUCUUCCACUUUAUCAGUUCUGUAGAAAGUCUUUACAAGAUAGUCCAAGUAUGUUUAGAGAAAGAUCGAGUCUUCAGUCUAAAUGUAGAUUAUUGUACAUAACGGAAGACAAUAAUAGUA